AUGAAUUUCGACGAGAUUGAAGAACAGGAUGGCAUCCGCUUUUCUUGGAAUGCAUGGCCCUCAUCGCGCAUUGAAGCUACCAAGGCGGUCGUUCCAGUUUCGUGUCUCUAUACGCCAUUGAAAGAACGCGACGACUUUAUCGAGAACCCUAUCUGGUAUGAGCCUGUGAUGUGUAAGGCCCCUUGUCGAGCUAUUUUGAAUCCAUAUUGUCAGAUCGAUGUUCGUGGCAAGCUUUGGAUAUGUCCUUUUUGUCUUCAACGCAACGCCUUUCCACCUCAUUACAAGGAUAUCUCCAAUACCAAUCUGCCAGCCGAAUUAUUGCCAAAGUAUACCACCAUCGAAUACAACUUGAAUCGAGUCGCCCAAAUCCCGCCCAUCUUUUUAUACGUCGUCGAUACUUGUUUGGAUGAUGAGGAUCUUAAGGCUCUCAAAGAUGCUUUGAUUGUAAGCUUGAGUCUAUUGCCCCCUUAUGCUUGGGUGGGUCUUAUCACUUAUGGUACCAUGACCCAAGUACAUGAACUUGGUUUCGCAGAUUGCCCAAAGUCAUUUGUAUUUCGUGGUACCAAGGAGUAUACUGGAAAGCAAGUACAAGACAUGCUUGGCUUGAGUGGUGCCUCUGUACGUCCCGGUCAACCUGCAGCUCGUCCUGGUCAACCUCCUCAAGUCAGCACAGCAGCUAAUAGAUUCUUGCUCCCUAUCAAGGAUUGCGAAUUUGCCUUGACUUCCAUUCUUGAAAACCUACAACGUGAUCCAUGGCCUGUUGCCAGCGAUAAGCGUGCUCAAAGAUGUACCGGUGUUGCAAUGGGUGUAGCUGUUGGAUUGCUCGAGACUACAUUCCCUAACACCGGUGCACGUGUCAUGUUAUUCAGUGGUGGUCCUGCAACUGAAGGCCCUGGUAUGGUUGUCAGCAACGAGCUUCGUGAGCCUAUUCGAUCGCAUCAUGAUAUUGACAAGGAGACGGCCAAAUACUACAAAAAGGCAAUCAAGUUUUAUGAAGGAUUGGGCAAACGUGCAUCCACCAACGGCCAUACCAUUGAUAUCUUUGCUGGAUGUUUGGAUCAGAUUGGUCUUUUGGAGAUGAAAUCCAUGGUCAACUCGACAGGUGGCGUGAUGAUUCUUGCUGAUUCCUUCAAUACAGCCAUCUUUAAGCAAAGUUUCCAGCGCGUGUUCCAAAAGGAUGCACAAGGUCAUUUACAAAUGGGUUUCAAUGCUACCUUGGAUGUCCAGACAACACGUGAGCUCAAGGUGUGUGGAUUGAUCGGCCAUGCAGUAUCAGCCAACAAGAAAUCGACCUAUGUCGGUGAAACGGAGAUCGGCAUUGCCAACACGUCGGCAUGGAAAAUGUGCUCAGUUACACCAAAGACAACCAUGGGUGUAUACUUUGAAGUUGUGAAUCAGCCCACAGUGCAAUUGCAACCUGGAUCACGUGGAUUAAUCCAAUUCAUUACGCAUUAUCAGCAUUCAAGUGGCCAAUUUCGAUUGAGAGUGACUACCGUCGCUCGCAACUUUGCCGAAGGACAAAGCCCUGAGAUUGCAAACUCAUUUGAUCAAGAAACAGCUGCUGUACUCAUGUCACGUAUUGCUGUAUUCAAGGGCGAGAUUGAUGAUGGUCCUGAUGUUUUAAGAUGGCUCGAUCGCAUGUUGAUUCGCCUAUGCCAACGCUUUGCCGACUAUCGCAAAGAUGACCCACACAGCUUCCGCCUCUCAGAGAACUUUUCGAUCUACCCUCAAUUCAUGUUCCACUUGCGGAGGAGUCAAUUCCUUCAAGUAUUCAACAACUCACCUGAUGAAACUGCUUUCUAUCGCCACGUCAUCAACCGUGAAAAUGUCGACAAUUCAUUGAUCAUGAUCCAACCUACCCUUACAUCCUAUGGCUUCGAUAGCCCACCUCAGCCUGUUUUACUCGAUUCAAUAUCUAUCAAGCCCGAUGUCAUCCUCUUGUUGGACACGUUUUUCCAUUUACUCAUUUUCCAUGGUGAAACGAUUGCUCAAUGGAGAGAGGCUGGAUAUCAGGAUCAAGAGGGUUAUGAGAACUUUAAGCAGCUCCUCGAAACGCCUGUAUUGGAUGCUCAAGAUUUAUUGAUGGAUCGAUUCCCUGUACCACGUUAUAUUGUUUGCGAUCAAGGUGGCUCACAAGCUCGUUUCCUUUUAUCCAAGCUUAAUCCAUCAACAACCCAUGCCUCCAAUUCCCCCUAUGGUGCUCCUCAAGGUGCUGCCAUUUUCACCGAUGAUGUCAGUCUUCAAGUGUUUAUGGAACAUCUCAAAAAGUUGUCAGUUGCAGGAAAUUCGUAA